AUGAGCUUCUUUUGCCGAUCAAUAGCUGGUUCCUUAACUUUUCAACGAUCAUACAGCAAUGUCUCGAAACCGCUUGACGUUUUGUUCUUUGGUUCUGACCAUUUCAGUGUGCAUUCUUUGAACGCAUUGUACAAUUUGAAGAAAGAAGCUCCAAAGCUCAUCGGUGACAUCCAGGUGGUGACAAGAAGCACAAAGAAGUGUGGAAGAAACUUAUCCGUGACCAAGAGUGUCCCAAUCGCCAGGCUUAGCUAUUCGCUUGGCCUGCCUCGCGUCAUUGAAUGUGAUUCUAAAGAAGACAUGCUAGGUCCACUAGCAAACGCCAUGCAAACAGCUAGCUACGAUAUGAUCAUUGCCGUUUCAUUCGGCAAGCUGAUACCUAAACAAUUGCUCUCUAAAGUUUCCUACACACUGAACGUCCAUCCUUCUCUGCUUCCGCGCUACAAGGGCUCAUCGCCAAUUCAAUAUACGCUUUUGAACGGUGACGAAACGACCGGGGUUUCGAUCCAAACUUUACAUCCAGAAAAAUUCGAUUGUGGUCAGGUUGUGGCUCAAACUGAGCCUGAAAGUGUGCAGCAAUUGCUUCAAGAGGGAGACUCGACGAAUGUGGACGCUGGCCUGUACUCGGAUCCAUCGACUCCACCCAAAGUGUCAAAGCUUAUGGACGCGCUCGGCGACCGCGGUGCGAAACUUCUAACCCAUGUUAUUGAAGAAGGUCUUUACGGGACCCACAGAGCCGUCCAAACGCCCUAUGCUGAGAGUUUUGCCCCGAAGACCACAACAAAGAUGCGUCAAAUCCAAUGGGACAGUGACACUGCUCAGACAGCGAUCAGAAAAAUGGAUGCACUGGGCUCGGUUUAUGCGUUCAAGAAAAUAUGCAAAAAAAACGGCGACCCGACCCAGCUGAAGCGAGUCAUAUUUCACAAUCUGUCAGCGUAUGAUGACGCAGAAAAGGUUCCCGCGAUUCUGGGGCUCCAACCCGGGAGUUUCGAGUACGAUGAAACUCACAGAUGCGUAGCAAUACGGGUCGAUCGGAAACAUGUCCUCCAAUGCUCUACAAUACAAUUUGAAGGCUUUAAAAUCGAAACUCCAGAGCAGUUCUUCAAGAGCCUUCGCAAACGAUGUGGAACACUGAGCACAGAAAAAACCUUCGCGUAA